AUGGCAUCUUUAGCUGUCAAUUCCAAGUGAGAUGGACCUUUCCGUAUUCCGCGAUCAGCUGUGACUUGAAGAGCGUUCAUGAAUUCGUGAAGUUACCAAGAUUCUCUCCAAGCAUGGGCAAAGUUGAUUAAGAAGCUAAGGAUACACUCUCAGGGAUUCAGCAACUCUCCUUCUCCAAUAAAAAGAAGAAAACUUAGCAGAAUUCAAGAAGCCAAGGUCCCACCUAUGAAGUUCCAAACCAAGAGGAAUUUGAGGAAGAGAAAGAAACCAGGAAUUAAGGAUGCCUCAAGUGUUACAUCGAACUUGGAAUCUGAAGAAUCCUUCUCAAGCUCAGGAAGAAAGAGAAGAAGGAAGAAUUCUGAUCAAAUCAAUGUUCUCCUGAAGCAUUUUGAGAAAAACCCUAAGUGGGAUAGACGAACUAUCGAAAAUGCAGCUAAAGAAAGUGGCCUUAGUAUCUCGCAAGCUUAUAAGUGGGGCUGGGAUCGCAAAAACAAGGCUGGAGACCUUGAGGGCUUUCAUAAGCCUUCUAAGGAUGAGUUUGGAGGAUACUCUAAACAUGAUUUUACAGACCAAGAUGACUCCAUUGCUCAACUCAUUGGCAAGAACUUAGAUAAGGAAGUAGAGAAGUUGCUAUUUGAACACAACCAUCACCAACCUGUACACAAGGUAAAGUCAGUUGCUGAACCAAAGUCCCCUCAGAAGAAGAGAACUCGUAAACUGAUGAAUAAGAAGAGAGAAGAAGAUAACAUAGAAAUAAGCAACAGUAAGAAACGUGAUACUGAAGUUCAAACGCCUGAUCUGUGGGAGCCAAAAGAGGAAGAUUUUGUGACACCUGUAAAAGUGAAGAAGCACUCCGAAAUAGGACAUGUCCAAGCCGCCCAUAAUUUAUUCCCAGCAGACACUGAAAAUAUAAGAGAUUCGAAAGUCGAAACAGAAAGAAAAUUAGACUUUUCGGAAAAUUCUUUAUGACAAAGAAGUUUUUCAGACAUCAGUUCAAGGAGACUCCAGUGAAGAGAGAAUCUGGACCUCCAGAAAGAGAACAUUCUGGGCUCACAAGCCGACCUAAUUGGAAGACCUACUAAAAAGCAGAUGGCAUCUUUUCAACAUCCUGUUCUACUCAAAGAGAUAGAAAAUAGAAAACCUUUCGGAAAUCUGAGCAAGAAUUUCUCAAGAACUCCUGAGCAGGUGACCCCUCCAGAAGAGUCCUUACUGGGUGUAAACCUUGAAGAAAUGAACUGUAGAAACUCAAUAAGCAUGUCUCUUCUCGAAUUCGACUUCGUGAGUGAUCCUCCUUCUCAAGAGAUGAAGCCAUCCUGUAUUCCUUUCAACCUUGAAGAAGACAUGAAGAUUGGAGAAGAAAAGAGCCAAGAGAUGCUAUCUAAGGAAAGAUAUUCAUCUUUCCCAGAUCUUCCCUCAAGUGAUUCCGAGUUAGCAAACAAGCUAGGCCUAGGGGCCGGCUUUAAUCUCUAACUCAGGAUAUAUUUGUAAAUGUAGUUUAUUAACAAUAGUCUAACUCA